UCAUAACUCAAAGGUCCACUGUAUUUGCCUACACAUUCAUCUCCCUGGUGCAAGUGAGUAUUGUUCUGUAUCCCAUGGCAGGAUUAGAAAUACUGCCAGAGAACAAGUACACAAAGUUGUUAUGGAAACCAGAAUACUUUAGCUAAGAGUUAUUUACAGAGAAUUUUCAGGCUUAACUCAUUCAGUAUAAUCAACUCAGUUUUGCUUCACCCUAUGCCAGUGUACACAAUCAGAGGUCUAUUUUUAAGGGUUCUCCAACCAGCUGUACCUGAGUAUGAAUAAAUUCAUAAGGAGACAAUGAUCACAUCAUUGCACACCAAAGUGCAAUUUAUGUGUAGCAUUUUUGUAUUACAUGUUUGAAGCUUGUUCACACUUGCCUCACCCAUUGUCAAGUAUGCCUGCUUCCGUAAUAUAAACAACACGUGGCUGUGACUACUGCCUUCAGUAGAGAAACAUUUCCUCCAGCACAGCUGCUGCCUGUGUUGCCCAAUACUAUGACACUAUGGACUCAGCUUUUCAGUUUCUCAACUUGCCUUGGAGAUUAGAUAGUGACAGCAGCCUCUGGCCAUCAACUUUGUCCUUAAUUGUGCAUGGGAACUUUUUCCAGCUAUCCAGCAAGAUCUUUGAAAAAAGGGAUUUUUUUCUCUUUUUCUUUUAUGUUCUGUUUUGUUUUUGAGGAGGUAAUUACAGGAUGAGGAUUUUCAUAGCUUUUGAAGGAUCAUUUGAACCAUUUGAUGUUUCAACUGAUGAAACUGUGGAAGCUGUCAAGCUGAUGAUAAAGGAUUAUUUUCACAUUCCUCUCUCUGAAGACAAACAAGCCAGACGAUAUCUGGAGUUAGUGUAUGCUGGAGCUGCCCUAAGGAACAGUUGGUGUCUUGCUGACAUUGGAAUAUCUUUCUGUUCGACUCUCAAAUGCUUUGUUAAGGAAGAAGACAAGCCUACUCUCUACGUGUUCAAUGCUGUAACCCAAGAGACAAUGCCAAUAAUCGAGAGCAUUUCCCUUCUUGGUAAAAAAGUGUCUGACCUGAGAACACUGGUUACUCUGAGAUGUGGCUUCCCCAUGGGUGUCUACUGUCUCCGGACCCCAAAGGGACAGGAGAUGUAUGACUGCAAUGCGCUCAGGGACUACCAUACCGACAUGGGUACAACACUUCGUUUGGACGUCUGGGAUGGAUGGAAGGAAUUUCUGAUGGGCUGUCUCCUUGGGCAAAAACUUAAAGUCCAACGAUAUUUAUCAAAAGAAGGACCAGUACUCAAGUAUCAGAAAAGGGUAGCCCUGUACAUCGCUGCCUUUUAUGGCUACAUUGAGCUCACUGAAUGGGCCCUGCAGCAGGGUGUGCGGCCACAUGAGGCGGUUGGUGUUCAUCCCUAUCGAGCAUGGUGCUAUGAAGCCCUUCAUGCAGAUGUCUCUAAAUGCCCCAUUCAUGCAGCUGCAGAAGCAGGCCAGCUGCUGAUUCUGAAGGCCUUUGUCAACUGCAGCGUUCUGUGCCUGGAGUGCAAAACUGCAGCAGGACAAACUCCUCUGACCAUCGCGUUCAAACACAAGCAUAAAGACUGUGCAUUAUAUUUGUUGAGUAAAAUGUGGUCCAUGGUUUCUUUUCUGAAAAUUUCAGUCCCAAUGAGGAUUUAUAUUAAAAUAAAACAAUGGAUCCUCAGAGCUCAGAGUCACAGCCUGCAUAAAAAGCAGCUUUGCAAAUCAAGGGUCUUUGGGGCAAAAGUUGGAGAUACUGUGAUGGUGGAUGGUUUCACCACACCAAAAAUGACCUCCAAGAGCUGGCAUAAGACUGGGAAUAAGGACUCACAAAGCAAUUUGAGCAAGCUACCGCCUCUCAAGAAACACACUGCAAACAAGAAACCCGUUUAUGCUUUGACAAUUUCACAGAAGGAUACUAGGGAACAGAUUCCCACAUUUCCUCCCCUAGGAGAUACAAAUAAAUUCUCUGACUUACAAAGAUAUCAACAACAAUAUAAAAAAAAAAUUACUGCCACAGCUAAGAAAAAAGAAGGGCACGUGAAAAAUACAUAUCUGCCCCAAGUCCCCCUUCCUCCAAUUUCAAGAGUGGGAUAUUCACACCCAUCAUUUUACUAUGCAACACCCAGUGCUGACUCCCUACUAAGGUCCUCUUUUGAAUCUUUCUCCAAGCACAGUGGAAGGACUCCAAGGGAGAACGCGAUCUACUGCUUAGCUGUGGCAAGUGCCUUUAAAGAGAAACGAUGGCUUCAACAGUUAGAAAUAGCAAGAGCUCUUGCCAAAAAGAGCAUUUCUAACCUGACUACCCAAGGAGGUCUGACAGCAGGUGAAAACCUUCCGGAAGUUGUGCUUUGAAAAGUCUUGAUAACUGGGCCGGGGAUUUAGCUCAGUAGUUUUGCUGCCUGCUACGCAAGCGUAAGGGCCCGAGUUCGAUCUCCGGUACCAAAAAAAAAAAAAAAAGAAAAGUAAUAACUUUAGUUUGCACAAAAACCUAUUCAAGACUCAGUUCCAAUGUUAAAAUUUGUAAUGCUUCCAGCUCUAAUGCUUGCAGUUUUAGUGCUAUGACUUCAACAGGAUAUUUAAUGCUUAACAUCAUGUUUUCAUGGACUGCAUCACCCCCACCCCACCCCGUGAAAACGUAGGGCUUUCAACAGGGUGAGAUAGAGGAUAGGAAACAAGGAUGAAAUAAUUUUUAUUGUUUCUUCCUUUAUUUUUCUAGAUUUGUUUAAAUGCUUUUGAGUUUUUAAGUCAUAUAAAUGUAGAAUACAAUGAAAAAAAUAAAUGCUUAAAAUUCUAUGUAAGAAAGUUGCAAGGGCCACAGAUUUAGCUCAAUGGUGCUGUGCUUGCCUUGCAAGUGCAUGGUCUUGAGUUCGAUCCCCAGUUCCAGGAAAAAAAUUAAAUUAAAUUAAAUUUUAAAAAAAGAAAGUUUCAAGGAGAGUGACAAGUAUUAUCCAGAUGGUAUGUUAGUCUUAACAUAUUUUUAAUUUCUGCUACAGCAUGGCUUUCUGUUUUUAAAUUGAAGUAAUGGUUAUAAACAGUGGAUUGCAUAGAUCCUAAAUGUAAUAUUCAAUGGGUUUAACAAACAUAUAUCUGUAUAAAUAAUAUCUAAAUUAAGAUGUAGAAUAGUUUGGUUACCCCCAGAAAGUUACUCCAAGCUCCUAAAUCAAUCUCAAUACCUAUAGGCAAAUGUUUCUCUGAUUCUGUCACCACAGAUAAGAUUUCCAAGUCACUUGUUCACAAUUGUUAUCUUGAUUAUUUUGCUAUUCUUGAUGUUUUAGAUCAUUUACAUUGUUGCAUGUAUCAGUAGUACUUUUUAUUAUUGACUAGCAUUCUAUUGUAUUGAGGGCAAAAACUGUCUUCCCGUGUAAAAAUGGGCAACUGUGGGUUAACUGUGUAACUAGGCUUGAUGAGAAAGAUAUAUUGUAACUAGAGUUACUACUGUAAUGCAAACUCACAAGAGCAAAGCGAUCUCAGCAAGCCCUGCCAAACCUCCUGCUCCCCCUUCAUUGCCUCUUCACUUAUGUAAUUGUGUUUAGAUUGAUAGCUGUUUCCCCAGUGAUUAGAGUUGCUGUUUCCCCCUCCCAUAGAAUCAUAAAAGUAUAAAAAUGAGAGUAAACUUCUGUUUGACACUUUUGAGGUGAUUUGAAUCCCUUGAAGCUGCCAGCGAUAAAGUUGAUUUUUGGUCCUACUCAUGUGGUCGGUCUGUCUGGAGACCCUCAAGUGGUCUCGCUUCAGUAUGAAUACACUAUGAUUUAUCUAUCAACUCUAUGGACACCUAGAUUGUCUCCUGUUUAGAAAUAAUAUAAAUAAAAGUCUUUACAAA